AAUUUAUGAAUAUAUACGACAGGUCAUUCGAGCAAAUUCACAGGAUGACGAGGGGCAAACUGGUCAACUGGCGAUGCCCCUACUAGUAUAUGUUUCGAGGGAGAAGAGACCUUCCUAUCCGCAUCAUUUCAAAGCCGGGGCACUCAAUGUUCUUCUGAGGGUGUCUGGGGUGAUGAGCAACUCCCCAUACAUAUUAGGGUUAGACUGUGACAUGUACAGCAACGACCCUUCCUCAGCGAGGCAGGCAAUGUGCUUCCAUUUGGAUCCGAAGAUCUCUCCAUCUCUCGCGUUCGUUCAGUUCCCUCAGAUUUUUCGCAACAUCAGCGAGAACGACAUAUAUGACAGCAAACUCCGUUCAGUAUUUUGGGUUUGUUGGCACGGUAUGGAUGGACUACAGGGACCCUUACUCUCCGGGACUUGUUAUUAUCUCAAGAGGGAAGCUUUAUAUGGGAAGUUAGUCCAAGAUGGUACGUACGAUCCGAUGGACCUCAAGGCAGUUUUUGGCGGGUCCAAUGAGUUCAUUAAACGUCUGCAGCAAAUGAAGAGGCCAUAUGAAAACCGGGGCACUGACUGCUGGGAGACUUCAAUGGUGCUGAGAGAGGCAGAGGAUUUGGCUUCUUGCAGAUAUGAAGACUCCACAAAAUGGGGCAAAGAGGUGGGAUUUAUGUACUUCUCUGUGGUGGAAGACUACUUCACAAGCUUCACCCUCCACUGCAAGGGCUGGGCUUCAGUCUAUCUGAACCCGCCGCGGCCACAGUUCCUCGGGACCGGCACCACGAAUCUGAAUGACCUGCUUGUCCAGGGAACCAGGUGGAGCUCUGGCCUCAUUGAAGUUGGCCUCUCAAGGUUCUGCCCUCUGAUCUACGGCCUGUCUACGAAGAUCUCAAUCCUGGAGGCCUUGGCCUAUGCAGAGCUCUCGUUGUUCCCGCUCUACUUCAUCCCUGCUUGGUGCUUCGGCGUCAUCCCUCAGCUCUGCCUCCUCCAUGGCAUCCCUCUAUAUCCCAAGGUCUUGAGUCCGUACUUCCUAGUGUUUCUAUUCAUCUUCCUCUCCUCGACUUCCAAACAAGUGUACGAGAUCAUAUGGAGCGGGCAUUCACUGCAUACGUGGGUCAAUGAGAGGAGGCAUUGGAUGAUAAAGUCGGUCACCUGCCACAUGUACGGGAGCAUGGACGCGAUCAUGAAGAAGAUCGGCCUGAGGGAGGCCAGCUUCCUGCCGACCAACAAGGUUGACGACGACGAGCAGACAAAACUGUACGAGAUGGGCCUCUUCGACUUCCAGGCGCCAGCGAUGUUUCUCAUCCCCUUGGUCGGGAUAGUGAUCUUGAACAUGUUCGCCUUGGUCGGAGGGGUUACUCGGGCUCUUCUCGUCGGUUAUUGGGAGGAAAUUGUCGUGCAAACUUUCCUCUCAAUAUUCAUCUUGUCAGUGAGCUAUCCGAUUAUUGAAGGAAUGUUCCUUAGGAAGGACAAAGGAAGUGUGCCUCCAAGGAUAACCGUAUUUUCUGCCAUUGGUGUGGUUGCUGUUCUUGCUUUUUGGAACAUUUUUGUGUCAGUUUGAUUAUAUGUAAGGGAUGAUUUGUUACAUCUCACAUUAAUUAAUUCCGAUCUACUACUAAAAUUUAUCGACCAUAUUUUGUUCUUUUGAUGUAUUGAUGACUUGUGGUGCUAACAAUAUUACUGUGUGGAUACCCGUGUUAUUAUUUGGCUAUAAAAUUAUAUUGGUAAAGACGAA